UUGUAUGCCCAUGUUACACCCCCGGAGAAUGUAAUCUCCAUGAGAUCCGGAACUGGCUUGUUUUUGUACCUGUAUCCCUAGUGCCUUGCAUAUAUACAGUCCUGCGUAGAAUCUAUAGUUAUCUAGCCUGGAGCUUCAGAGGAAGCGUUCUGCUGAAGAGACAGAUACCUCAGCCCCUGAGUGAAAAUCUCAGAUGAUAUGACUUUGCCUCUAAGACCCUUAGGCCUUCGGAAACAAACAGGAAUCAGUCCCAGAAGCAGAUCCAUUUGGCCUUAGACCUUUGGCAGAAACUUCAAGAGGGAGCUGGUCCUUGAGUGGUUGAUGAAUUUACAACCAUCUUGCCUGGCUAAAGAGGACUGGAGUGACUUAAGAAUAUCUAGAAUAGGAAGUGUGACUUUCAAGGAUCUGACCCAAAUGCUUGGGGAGAAAGUUCUGUCUUCUCAGAAAUAUGCAUUUAUCCAAGAGGGAAACAUUGAGGAGCAAAGAAAGGCCUCUGAAUUCCUUACAGCCAGGUUCCAGGAAUCACUGACGUUCAAGGAUGUGGCUGUGGACUUCACCCAGGAGGAAUGGCAGCAACUGAAACCUGAUCAGAGAUACUUGUAUAGAGAUGUAAUGCUUGAGAACUAUAGGAACCUGGUCUCUUUAGGACAUCAGGUUUCCAAACCAGAUGUGAUCUCCCAGUUGGAACAAGGAGAAGAGCCUUGGACAGUAGAAAGAGAAGUCUCCACAUAUUCUUGCCGAGACUGGGAGACCAGAAAUAAAACCAAGGAGUCAACUCUAAAGCAAGACAUUCCUGAAGCAGAAUCAUCCCAGAAAGUGACAUUGAGAAAAUUCACAAGGGAUGGUAUCUGGUACCCAGAGCUAGGAGAAACUGAUUCUCAGUUUGGAAUAGAGCAGAAUAUCAAGGAGGCAGAGCUGAGACAAAUUACAGUUUCCCAAGCAAAAAUAAUCCCUAGGAAGACAAACUACAAGUGUAAUGAAUAUAGCCUGGUUGCAGAACAAAUUGUUCCUUCAAAAGAUAUCACUCAUAAAUGUGAUAUAUAUAGGAAAACCUUCUACUGUAAUUCACAAUUAAUUGAACGUCAAGAAAUCUGUUUAGAGAAAAAGCUCUUUGAGUGUAAUGAAUGUGGGAAAGCUUUUAGUAAAAGUACAAUUCUUAAGAACCAUCAGAGGAUUCACACUGGUGAGAAACCCUAUAAAUGUAAUGAAUGUGGAAAAGCCUUCAGACUUCGUGGAAACCUUAGUCGACAUAAUAGAGUUCAUACUGGAGAGAAGCCCUAUGAAUGUAAUGAAUGUGGGAAAGCUUUCAGGCUUCGUGGAAACCUUAAUCAACAUAAAAGAAUUCAUACUGGGGAGAAACCCUAUGAAUGUACUGAAUGUGGGAAAGCCUUCAGAUUAUAUGCACACCUUACUCAACAUAAAAGAAUUCAUACUGGGGAAAAACCUUAUGAAUGUAAUGAAUGUGGGAAAACUUUCAGAUUGCAGGGACAUCUUACUAAACAUAAGAGCAUUCAUCCUGGAAAGAAACCUUAUAAAUGUAGUGAUUGUGAUAAGACUUUCAGUAAGGGUUCAUUCUUGGUGAGUCAUCAGAGAGUCCAUACUGGAGAAGAACCUCAUAAAUGUAAUGAAUGUGGGAAAGCCUUCAGUUCACGUGCAAGCCUUACUCAACAUAAAAGAAUCCAUACUGGAGAGAAACCAUAUGAAUGUAAUGAAUGUGGAAAAGCCUUCAGCCAGAAUGUAUGCCUUACUCAACAUAAGACUGUCCAUACAGGAGAAAAACCUUAUGAAUGUAAUCAGUGUGGGAAAGCCUUCAGUCAGAGCAGACACUUAAAUCGACAUCAAAGAAUUCACACAGGAGAGAAACCAUAUAAAUGUGAUGAUUGUGGGAAAUCAUUUAGUAAUGGUGAAUUCCUUAGGCAGCAUCAGAGAGUCCAUACUGGAGAGAAACCCUAUAAUUGUAAUGAAUGUGGAAAAACCUUUAGACUUCGUGUACACCUUACUAGACAUAGGAGCAUUCAUACUGGAGAAAAACCCUACAAAUGUAACGAAUGUGGAAAAACCUUUCGUCUGAGUACACACCUAACUCAGCAUAAGACCAUUCAUACUGGAGAGAAACCCUACAAAUGUAACGAAUGUGGGAAAACCUUCCGGUUGAGUACAGACUGUACUCAACAUCAGAGAAUUCACACCGGAGAAAGACCCUAUGCAUGUAAUGAAUGUGGGAAAGCAUUUUGGGACAGGUCAUCCUUUACUAAACAUCAGAAAAUUCAUACCGGAGAAAAACCCUAUGAAUGUAACGAAUGUGGAAAAGCCUUCAUUCAAAGUUCAUCCUUUAUUCAACAUUGUAUUACCCAUACUGGAGAGAAACCCUAUGAAUGUAGUACAUGUGGGAAAGCCUUCAGCCUUCAUGCAAACCUUAUUCGACACCAGAGAAUUCAUACUGGAGAGAAACCAUAUAAAUGUGAUCAAUGUGGGAAUGUCUUCAGGCACAGUUCAACCCUGAUAAGACAUCAGAGACUUCACAGUGUAGAAUAUUCAUCACCGGACCUGAGCAGAACUGAAGCUGCUCCCGCCCCCCGGACUCCUCCCCGGGCCAGUUGUUCAAAUCCGUCUCCCCCAGGGGCUCCUCCGACAGGGAUUGGCUGCCCCGGGCCCCUAAAAACCGCCGGCCCAGCCAAUGGUCCUGAGGGGCGGGGCUACGGCGACCGCUCGAGGCCUAGUUCUCUGUGUGCUACCGUGAUAGAACCAAGCCCAGCUCUUGACAUCGGGAGAAAGGACUGCUCAACUUUCUCAGAAAUCAGCAUUUCCCCUAACUGUUUCACUGAUCAGAAAGUAAUGUACCCUGGCCUAGUAACAAUGAGAUCCCAGGAAUCAUUGACAUUCAAGGAUGUGGCUGUGUACUUUACCCAGGAGGAAUGGGGGCAACUAGACCCUGGUCAGAAAUAUCUAUACAGAGAUGUAAUGCUAGAGAAUUAUAGGAAUCUGGUCUCAUUGGGGUAUCACAUUUCCAAGCCAGAUGUGAUCUCCCAUUUGGAGCAAGGAGAAGAACCUUGGAUGGUAGGGAGAGAAAUCCUAAGAGGUAAUUCUCCAGGUGGGAUGACCAGGUAUGAAACCAAGCAGGGCACUUCUGAAGAGGCAUUAGCCCAGGUGACAGUGGAAAGAUUUCCAAAAGGUGUUAUCUGGUACUCUGAGUUAAGAGAUACCUGGAAACAUGUUGGCCCAUUUGGAAGGCAAAUGAUAGUUCCUCAGGAGAAAAUUAUCCCAGGGAAGACAGACCCUAAGUGUAGUGAAAUUAGUCUGAAUUCAGUCCUUGUUACGGAACAGAAAGUUUCCAUAAGAGAGAAAUCCCAAGGAUGUGAUCUAUAUGGAAGAACCUUUCAAUUUAGUUCACACCUAAUUAGACAUCAGAAAAUCUGUGUAUGGAAGAAACCUUAUGAAUGUCAUGAAUGUGGGAAAGCUUUUAGUAAGGGUGCACUCCUAAGGCAGCAUCAGAGAGUCCAUACUGGAGAGAAACCCUAUAAAUGUAAUGAAUGUGGAAAAGCUUUCACAUUGCGUGGGAGCCUUACUGGACACAAGAGCAUUCACACUGGAGAAAAACCCUAUGAAUGUAAUGAAUGUGGGAAAGCCUUCAGACUGCAUGCACACCUUACUCAACAUAUGAGAAUUCAUACUGGAGAGAAACCCUAUGAAUGCAGUGAAUGUGGGAAAGCCUUCAGAUUGCAUGGACACCUUACUAAGCACCUAAACAUUCAUCCUGGAGAGAAACCCUAUGAAUGUAAUGAAUGUGGAAAAGCUUUCAGUAAAGGUGCACUCCUUAAGCAACAUCAGAGAGUCCAUACAGCUGAAAGACCCUAUAAAUGUGAUGAUUGUGGAAAAACUUUCAGUAUGAGUGCACUCCUUAAGCAGCAUCAAGGAGUCCAUACUGGAGAGAAACCCUAUGAAUGUAGUGAAUGUGGGAAAGCCUUCAGACUUCGUGGAAGCCUUACUCAACAUAAGAGCAUUCAUACUGGAGAGAAACCCUAUGAAUGUAAUGAAUGUGGGAAAGCUUUCAGUACAGGUGCAAUUCUUAAGCAACAUCAGAGAAUCCAUACUGGAGAGAAGCCCUACAAAUGUGAUGAAUGUGGGAAAGCCUUCAGUCGGAGUUCAAGUCUUACUGAACAUAAGAGAAUCCAUACUGGAGAAAAACCUUAUGAAUGUAAUGAAUGUGGGAAAGCCUUCAGACUGCAUGGACACCUCACUAAACACCAGAGCAUUCAUCCUGGAGAGAAACCAUAUGAAUGUAACGAAUGUGGCAAAGCCUUCAGACUUUGUGGAAAACUUACACAACAUAAGAGAAUUCAUACUGGAGAAAAACCAUAUAAAUGUAGUGAUUGUGGGAAAGCAUUUGGUGAUGGUGCACUUCUUAUGCGGCAUCAGAGAGUCCAUACUGGAGAGAAACCCUACAAAUGCAAUGAAUGUGGAAAAGCCUUUAGUCGUCGUGCAAACCUUACUCAACAUAAAAGAGUCCAUACUGGAGAAAAACCCUAUGAAUGUCAAGAAUGUGGGGAAACUUUCAGUCAGAGUAAACAACUAAAGCGACAUCAGACACUUCAUACUGGAGAGAAACCCUACAAAUGUAAUGAAUGUGGGAAAACCUUCCGUCAGAGUAGACAGUGUACUCAACAUCAGAGAAUUCAUACUGGAGAGAGACCCUACACAUGCAGUGAAUGUGGAAAGACCUUCAGACUGCAUACACAGCUUACUGAACACAAAAGCAUUCAUACUGGAGAGAAAGCUUAUGAAUGUAACGAAUGCGGGAAAGCCUUCAGACUGCAUGCAAACCUCUCUCGGCAUCAAAGAAUACAUACAGGAGAGAAACCCUAUAAAUGUAAUCAGUGUGGGAAUGCCUUUAGGCACAGUUCAACUCUAGUCAGACAUCAGAGACUUCAUAGUGGAGAGUAAUCCUGAGAUUUUAGUGAAUGGAGAAAUUCUUCUGUUAUAUUUAUCCCUUAUUCAAAUAUUUGUGGUCAUUAAGUCAUAGUUUGUCACUAAUUGAUUUUGUCAUGUCUUAGAGAAAAAUAUGCUUCCUCUCUGUAUUUCUUUCUGCUCUACUAUACACCUCAGUGCCUACAAGGGACUUCACAUUAAUUCAACUUAAAGCAUAUCACCUUAUAAUUAAUAUGGCAAAUGAUUAGUUCAGCUAACAUCAGUUUCCUGAUAAUAUGAGUAAGUUGUUAUGUUGUUUGAAUUCUUAAAAAUUACCCAGUUUUACAGUUUUCAACACCUACUGAAAUUUUUGCAUGAUUUCUGGUAUUACCACACUAGUAGGCAUGACUAACAAAUACAGUUAGAAGUUGAUCAUUAGUUUUAAUUGGCUUUAAGUGAGUUGACCAUCUUUUUUUAGAAGUAAAGUUAAACAAAUAUGAGGUGGGAUGUGUGCUUAUAAAAUUAUUGUCAAGGAUCAUAGAUUUAAAAUGUCAAGGAACCUCAGAAGCCCUAUCGUCCAACCCCAUUUUACAAAUGAGGAAACAAGCCUAUACUGUUUGAUUUUUCCAAGGUCACAUAGGUGGUGACAGAAAGGACUUAAACCUAGAUGUCUAAAUUGAGAGGAUUUAAUGGAGUCAGGUUCCUCUGUCGCUUUUCCCUACUCCCUAAAAUAAAUAAUAGUAACACCAGAGGGAAGAUAAAAAGCUAAAAAUAAAUUACAUGCACACAUAAGAA